ACUUGUUGCGAAUAAUCAUGUGGGCCGUCAAUCAUACGUGAUAUAAACGUGAAAGUGAUACAUUACAAUCUGAUUCUGGCUACACGUGCACCUUAGUUGAUUCAACAUUAAACUAUAUAACCUUUGCGCUUCCGCGAAACACGCCGACGGCUCAACCAAUCAGCUUGAAGUAUGGUGUCACCGCCUAUCUUUCCCAGCAGUGUGGCUGCUGCUCUGUAGUGUGGAACCGUCUAGCUUAACUAGCUACGUCCUUUUUUACUUAUUCUAUACAUUUCAAAUCAUGUCCGCGAUACUAUUCCUGAAAAACUUGCACCGCGUCAGCAGAGUACCUCUCAGUGUCGCUCGACCGGUCGUCGGUUGUCUGUAUCACACCCGGAAAGGAGUCUACGGUCACCGACCCAAACAAAGCCUCGGGGACAAUAAGUUGCACAGUGAUCCAGUCUCGUAUAUCGCUGCACUCAAUCGAGACCAUGGGCUUGCACGCCUGGUGGAGGCUUACCGAGCACAUGGACACAAGGCUGCUAAAAUUAACCCUCUACUGCCUGAUGACCCAGUGGAGGACAGUGUGCCAGAGAUCAACAUGUUGACUGGGACUGUACAAGGACCCCUCAACACAUCAGGACUGAGACAUUUUGGUAAAGCCGAGGCGUCGGUGGAGGAGGUGAUUGGCUACCUGGAGGAGUCCUACUGUGGCCGCAUUUCCAUAGAGACCAGUCAGCUGACCAGCCUGGAGGAAAGGGAGUGGCUCGCAGACCGCUUCGAGCAGCUGAAGAAAGAGAUGUUUACUGCAGAGGAGAGGAAAAAGUUGGCCAAGCUCAUGCUGGAGUCACAGGAGUUUGAUCACUUUCUGGCCACCAAGUUCUCCACGGUGAAGCGUUAUGGCGGUGAGGGAGCAGAGAGCAUGAUGGGAGUGUUCUACGAGAUGUUCCGUCUGUCUGCCCACAGCGGGGUGACGGACAUCGUCAUGGGGAUGCCUCACCGCGGGAGACUUAACCUCCUCACGGGGCUUCUGCAGUUCCCACCAGAGCUGAUGUUCCGUAAAAUGCGUGGCCUCAGUGAGUUCCCAGCAGACUCUCCCUCUAUCGGUGAUGUCCUCUCCCACCUCACCUCCUCUGUAGAGCUGGACUUUGGUGCUGCCCACCCCCUCCAUGUGACCAUGCUGCCCAACCCUUCCCACCUGGAGGCCAUCAACCCAGUCACCCAGGGGAAGACCCGUGCCCGCCAGCAGCUCAAACAGGAAGGAGACUACUCCCCAGACGAGAACGCUCAGCCUGGGGAUAAAGUUGUCUGUCUCCAGGUCCAUGGGGAUGCCUCAUUCUCGGGUCAAGGAAUUGUUCCGGAGACAUUCACCAUUUCACUACUCCCCCACUUCAGAGUCGGUGGGAGCAUCCAUCUCAUUGUAAACAACCAAGUGGGCUAUACCACUCCGUCUGCGAGAGGGAGGUCGUCUUUGUACUGUAGCGAUGUUGGUAAGAUGGUGGGCUGUGCGGUGAUCCAUGUGAACGGUGAUGAUGCGGAGGAGGUGGUGCGAGCCACGCGGCUGGCAGUGGAGUACCAGAGACGCUUCAGGAAGGAUGUCAUCCUGGACCUGCUCUGCUACAGACAGUGGGGACACAACGAGCUGGACGAACCCUCCUUCACUAACCCUGCCAUGUACAAGAUCAUCCGCUCCAGGAAGAGCACCCCAGACUCAUACGCUGACCAGCUGAUCUCAGAGGGCCUGAUGACCGAAGAGGAGCGUGUUGCUAUCAGGACAGCCCACUACAGCAUGCUGAACGACAAGCUGGCCAACAUGAUCUUCUACAGCCCUCCACCCAUGAACCUGCAGGGGCGCUGGGGAGGUCUGGAGGAGCCCCAGGCCAGGGUCACUCACUGGGACACCGGGGUGCCUGCUCCUCUGCUGCAGUACGUAGGGGCCAAGUCUGUGGAGAUCCCCGAAGGAGUCCAGCUACACAGUCACCUGGGGAAGAUGCACGUGGCGGGUCGCCUUGCGAAGGUGGAGAAAGGAACUAAUCUGGACUGGUCCACUGCUGAGGCCAUGGCGUUUGGCUCUCUGCUCUGCCAAGGGUUCAACAUUCGCAUCAGUGGGCAGGAUGUUGGGAGAGGCACCUUCAGUCAGAGACAUGCCAUGAUAGUUUGUCAGGACACAAAUGAUAUGUUCAUCCCCCUAAACCACAUAGACCCUGAACAGAAAGGAUUCAUGGAGGUAUUUAACACAUACAUGAUGACUAUGUUCAUCCCCCUAAACCACAUAGACCCUGAACAGAAAGGAUUCAUGGAGGUGUGUAACAGUGCUCUGUCUGAAGAGGCCGUGCUGGGGUUUGAGUACGGCAUGGCCAUCGCCCAGCCUAAACUCCUGCCCAUCUGGGAGGCUCAGUUUGGUGACUUCUUCAACGGAGCUCAGAUCAUCUUCGACACCUUCAUCUCCGGAGGUGAGGCUAAGUGGCUGCUGCAGUGUGGGAUGGUGAUCCUGCUGCCCCAUGGUUAUGAUGGAGCCGGACCUGAACACUCCUCAUGCCGUAUAGAGAGGUUCCUACAGCUGUGUGACAGUAAAGAGGAGGGAGUGGAUGGUGACAAUAUCAACAUGGGCGUUGUCAACCCUACGACACCAGCACAGUACUUCCACCUGCUGAGACGACAAAUGAUACGCAACUUCCGCAAGCCGCUCAUCGUGGCCGGGCCCAAGACACUGCUCCGAUUCUCUGGAGCAACAUCCAGUCUGGCUGACAUGGCUCCUGGAACAUAUUUCAAGCCUGUGAUUGGUGACCCCUCAGUCACACCAGCAAGUGUCCAGCGGGUGGUGGUGUGCUCAGGGAAGCACUACUAUGCCCUGUUGAAGCAGAGGGAAACGUCAGCUGCCACUCAGACGACAGCACUGAUCAGACUGGAGGAGCUGUGUCCCUUCCCUCUGGAGUCCCUGCAGCAGGAGCUGAACAAGUACACCAAUGCUAAAGAGUUCGUGUGGAGUCAGGAGGAGCCCCAGAACAUGGGCCCCUGGUCGUUUGUGGCCCCCAGGUUUGAGAAGCAGCUGGCCUGCAAGCUUCGAUUGGUCAGUCGGCCUGCUCUGCCCGCCCCGGCUGUGGGCAUCGGAGCGCUCCACCAGCAGCAGAACGAGGCCGUCCUCACCGCCACCUUCUCCUCCUGAGAUACUGGAACAACUAGGGCCCAAGAUGGACGCCCUUGGGCCCCAAAAUGGAAGCUCCCUCCCAGCACUACUUCAUGGAGCUCCAGUAAAACCACAUGACAUUUCUUCUCUAUCCUGGAAAUCCAGACUGAAUUCAGAUCCGUUUUAUGUUUGUUUAACUUGUUUCACUGUCGUGAUUCAGUCUGGAAGCUAGGCUACCUCUUCUCAUUCUCUCCAUUCAAAUGGAGUCAAAACACAAGUGCUAAAGGGCUGCUUUCAAUGUGGCAGAUUCAGGUGCUGUUUGUCGUGGGGAUGGGUUUAGCAUUAUAAAAUGGAGUUGGAACUACAAAACAACGUGAUGUAGACAGUCAGAAAUUGCGUAGAGCAAUUAUUAUUAUUUUUUUUUUAUUUAAAUGUUGAUUGUGUUCAAUUCACUAGCUGUAAGGCAUUAUUAGGUUACUGACAAAGAGCAAAACCUAAAUAUGGUUCAGAUUGAAUUAUGGCGUUAGACACUAAGUUUACAGCAUCAUUGUUUUCUACAUAGAUUUUUUUGAUUGAUCAUAUAGCCACACAGCAGAGUAUUAUGAUUUGAUUUCAUUGACCUGACGUAUGACUAUCAUCUUGUUCAGUCUAUCAUCUUGUUUCUUUGAGGUAGAAGAUUGUCUCAGGUUGUCAAUCAAAAGGGCUUAGGCAUUCAUCAGUGUUGUCUGCAUGAGCUGCUGUAGUUUUUCUUCUGUUUUCAAUGUCAGCCUCAACAUCAGUUUGGUAUAAUAAAAUGACAAAAUACUGUUAAAGUGUGAAAUUUAAACUUAAAAA